AUGGUUGUCGCCGAUUCUGGUGCUAUGGAUAAGGUUUCAAACUGUGAUUCGGAGUCCUUGAAGGACGAUAUCCAUGAAUCUGAGAUUGUCGAUAUUUUAGGAAACGGCUUAGUGGAGAAAAAGGUUCUUAAGAAAGGUUUAGGACAGGGCAGUCGUCCUGGUCAUGGUGAUUCUGUCGUGAUAAGUUACAAAGGAUGGUUAGAGGAUGGGAUGCUCGUCGAAGAAGUUGAGAAUUUGAGCCUCGUUAUUGGAGAUGGUGAAUGCAUACAUGCGUUUGAUCUUGCCCUUCCCCUUGCUGAAUUAAAGGAGGUAUUUGAACUUAAAACUGACGCCCGUUUCGCAUACGGGGAUAUGGGAAAAAUGCCUGAUAUUCCCGGAAAAGCAAAACUCACGUACCAUAUAACACUAAAUGAAUGUGGAGAUCCUCCAUGUUACGAAAAUAUGCCAAUCGAGGAACGCCUUCAAAUAUCCAACAAAAAACGUGAACGUGGAAACUUCUAUUUUCAUCGAAACGAGUAUCAAUAUGCCUUAACCUGCUACACAAAGGGGGUGGAAAUUUUACUAAAGAAGUCCCUAACGCCAACCUUGUGCUCCACCGAAGCUCUUCCUUGUGGUUCAUCUUCUGCCUCCUUCCAGCCCAAGGAUUUGGAAAUAAAGUUAAGGAAUAACGUUGCUGCCACUCAACUCAAGCUUGAAGCUUUUGCGGCCGCUUCCAAGACCUGUGAUGCUGUUCUCCAGCUCGACCCCACUAACCGCAAGGCUCUCUAUCGGAAAGGCCAGGCAACGAUACAGGCCUACGAGGAGGCGCUUAGUUUGGAUCCUUCCUCCCCCCUUCUGCGACAGUCGCUGCAAAGGGCCAAGAUGGCUUGGAAAAGUCAGCGAGACCGCCAGGUCCGGGCUCUUUCGCGUGCCUUCAGAGUGAAUGCGAAUGGGGGGAAUAAAGCCUCCGAUUUCCGUGACAGGCUCAAAGGAAUUCUAUCUCGGUACAAGAUAGCCAUUUCUGCUGUCGUCUUGGCUGGCCUUUCUGUGAUGCUUGGAGGGACCCUCCUGCAUUUCAUUGAACAGCAGUAG